AUGAGCAAGGAUCAUAAAGAUAAGAAGAGAAAGCACUCUGAGGAGGCUACCGAACAAAUAGAAAAGAAAGUUAAGGUGAGCAAGAAAGAAAAGAAGGAAAAGAAGGAAAAGAAAGACAAGAAGGAAAAGAAAGACAAGGAAGAAAAGAAGGAAAAGAAGGAAAAGAGCGAGAAGAAAGAUAAGAGCGAGAAGAAAGAUAAGAAGGAAAAGAAGGAUAAAAAGGUAAAGAGUGAAAGCCAAGAUGUUUCAAGCAAGAGCAUUGCAAGUAGUUCGACUGGUUACACUCAAUCUCCGGCAUUAACAAGCUUACCUCAAUCAGAAAUUGAUUCAUUUUUACAAGAGAACGAAGUUACCGUUGAAGACCCACACAAGUUGAACUUGCGUCCUUUAUUGGGAUUCGACCAAAUCGACUUAGACUCAAGGAUUGCAGAAGUCAUUUCUAAGUUUCCUAAGCCUACUCCAAUUCAAUCCGUAUCAUGGCCAUAUUUGUUAAGUGGUAAGGACGUCAUUGGUGUCGCAGAAACAGGUUCCGGAAAGACCUUUGCAUUCGGUGUACCAGCCAUAAAUAAUAUUUUAACCCACAACAAGAAGGGCUUAAAGGUAUUGUGUAUUUCGCCUACCAGAGAAUUAGCCCUUCAAAUCUACGACAACUUGGUCGAUUUGACUGCUAACACCCCACUUAACUGUGUUGCCGUGUAUGGUGGUGUUUCUAAACACGAUCAAAUUAAGAGUUUGCGUGAUGCCAGUGUUGUUGUUGCCACCCCAGGUAGAUUGAUUGAUUUGUUAAACGAUGGAGCUUUAUCUUUGGACACGAUUGAGUACUUAGUUUUAGAUGAAGCCGACAGAAUGUUAGAAAAGGGUUUCGAAGAAGAUAUCAAGUCUGUGAUGCAACAAACCAACCAUGCUGACAGACAAACUUUGAUGUUUACCGCUACUUGGCCUAAGGAAGUCAGAGAAUUAGCCUCCACUUUCAUGAAUAGCCCAGUCAAGGUUAGCAUUGGUGACAGAAACGAAUUAUCUGCAAACAAGAGAAUUACUCAAAUAGUCGAAGUUAUUGAACCAUACGACAAGGAAAAGAAAUUACUCUCUUUGUUGAGAAAAUAUCAAUCAGGAUCUAAAAAGGAUGACAAGAUUUUAAUUUUCGCCUUGUACAAAAAAGAAGCCACUAGAAUCGAAAACUUGUUAGUUAGAAACUCCUUCAAGGUUUCUGCCGUCCACGGUGAUUUAUCUCAACAACAAAGAACCAGCGCAUUAGGUGCUUUCAAAGCCGGUAAGACCACCUUAUUAUUGGCCACAGAUGUCGCUGCCAGAGGUUUGGAUAUUCCUAACGUUAAGGUUGUUAUCAACUUGACUUUCCCAUUGACUGUUGAAGAUUAUGUUCACCGUAUUGGUAGAACUGGUAGAGCAGGUCAAACUGGUAUCGCGCACACUUUAUUCACAGAACACGAAAAGCACUUGAGUGGUGCCUUAAUGAACGUCUUGAGAGGUGCUAAUCAACCUGUUCCUGAUGAAUUAUUGAAAUUCGGUGGACAUACAAAAAAGAAAGCACAUUCUGCCUACGGUGCUUUCUUCAAGGAUGUUGACAUGACGAAAACUGCUAAAAAGAUUAAAUUUGAUUAA